AUGCCUAAAAGGAAACAACAAGAUGCAUCAACCCGUGCCGUGCCGAGACCACGUGGAAAGAGGCGCGUCACCCCGUCCAGCACGGAUGGUCCACAGCAAAAUGUACAUGUACCUGCUGAUUCUCCUACUCUCCACGAACCGUACCCCUUACAACAAGAGGCUUCAUCUACUUUUUACAACUCGGCGCCAACUAGGGCCUUGUCCAGGGAGCAGCUGAAUGAGGUGACGCAGGCGGUAGUCGCAGUGCUCUCUCAGAGGAUGGAGUCCUCCAACCCCCUGAUGGUCCAAGAGGCACCAACAGACAGCGACCACUCAGGUACUGAUUUAUCAACCACAGUAGCUACCCCCAACAAUUCACAGGUGCCGAGUUAUCAGAAUGAACUUGGGCAUAAUAUCUCCAAUAAUCUCAAACUCAAAAUUGUCAAUGGCGAGUACAUUAAUUUAGGGCUUUUGGUCGAUCGGAGUUAUGAUUCUGAUCCUAAUGACGAUACUAAAUAUUUUUCUAUGCAAGGAGGCAACUUAACUUUAUCAUCAAAAUGCAAACCCAGGGUCAUUUCAGAUAUUCAGGUGUGGACCGAUGCAUUUUUUAUCUAUGCCUCAAUUUACGUAUUGGCACACCCAGAAUGUAGUGCUUCCCUGUUUAAAUACAUGCAUACUAUCAGACUAGGGGUCAGUCGAUCCAAGGCACUUGGCUGGAGGGAUUACGACUUUCAAUUCCGUUUGAAAAAAGAACGCAACCCCAGUAUAUCAUUUGCUGUUGUUGAUAAAGAGUUCUGGCUGUUAUACAUAUACAGCCCACUCGCUGUCCAAGGGUCGGUGUCACAAGCCACUCCCUUAAGAUGGCAUGAGUUCAACUAUAAAGGUCAAUGUAGCAAAACUGCAUGUCAAUACAAGCACGAGUGUAUCUUGUGUUCCUUGAAUCAUCCUUAUGUCAAAUGCAGACGUGGUUCAGGUUUUGAUUCAAUUUGCAGACCACCCAGUGUUUCACCAUCCUGGCGUCCUCGCUUGCCCAGAGUACCAUCCAUCCCAGCUACCAUUACUAGACCCCCACAACCCCAGCGCUUUAGGGCCCCCUUUUCAACCCAGUAA